AGACAGAACGUCAUUUAGUCUCUUGGCAGACAUCAAAUAGAAAGGUUGCCAGUUUUUUUCUUUCUUAAUUUUGUUUCCUAUUUAAGUUGUUCACCCCGAAUUGUGCUGGUCAAGAUGUGUGACACUGACGUUUUAGUGGAAUGUACCAAACCCCAAUUGGAGGCCAUGCUGGCUGUGCUCAAGCCCCUCUUACCGCGUCGUACCCAGCAGCACAAUUUCAUUCGCAGUUAUCUUUAUCAUUAUGACAACAUAAACAACAAUCGCCAUGAUCUGAAAUCGGAUCGUUGGAAUGUUCGAUUCUAUACACAUCGUAGCGGAGAUCCGAAUAAUUGUACAUUGAUUACAAUCAAUGGUUAUCGAGAUUACUUUCUAAUUUGUUUCACCCUGCAAGAAUCUCAAACGGAACUAAAAGAAUGUCUGGAGUCAACAAAUCGUAUCAAUUGGAAAAAUUAUAAUUUGUUGCUAAUGUGCGAUGAAAAUCUCUAUGAGAUGGUGAAAAAUGUUGCCUGCCAAAAGAUUCCACCCGACGAGUGGAUGUUUCCCAGCCAUGAGCAUGCCAUGUUAAUAACCAAGGAUAAAAUUGCCAAACUUGAAAUAAAUGAAAAACUACCCGGUGAUCUCUAUGUGGCCCCAUUGAACCCAGAAAAACACACGGAAGUGAUAGAUACCCACUGGUUUAUGAGACAUGCAAAUUCUUUGGAAUUGAUUCGUAGAUGUAUUGAAUUCAAUGGUGGCAUUGGUCUCUUUCGCCGUGGCAUGGAACAGCCCAUUUCGUGGAUAUCUACGAAUGAAUUUCUCAAUCCAGGAUUCCUUUAUACCAUGGAAGCCGAACGGGGUCAUGGUUAUGGACGAAUGAUGUUGAAACUGGAACUAAAACGACUCUUGGCUAUUCAUAAUUUGGAUUUAAUCACAAUUGUUGCGGAUGAAAAUGAGGGAUCCAAGGCUUUACAUCAUAAACUUGGUUUCGAGAGUGUUUGCAAGGUUCGUUGGAUAGCAAAAAAGGCAACAUAAUUAGGCGUUUCUUAAACAGAACAUUUUUUUUAUUUAAUAGAAACAAUUAACUGUAUUUAUAUUUAUAAAAAAAUCUAAUUUUAUGU